UUGCCGGGAACAGCAGCGAUGUGCCCCCACACCAGGUUCAGCAGACUUGAGGGCGACUACAUAGCAGUGAUGUGGAGACGUGGGCAGAGUCGGUCGCCGUAGUCUACUGUGUGAGGGAGACGGGGGAUCAUCGAAAUGAAUCUCCUAAACAUGGACGCGGAGAACCGCGUGGUCCUCAACGUCGGCGGGAUCCGUCACGAGACGUACAAAGCGACGUUGAAGAAGAUCCCCGCCACCCGCCUGUCGAGGCUGACGGAGGCGCUCGCCAACUACGAUCCCGUGCUCAACGAGUACUUCUUCGAUAGGCAUCCUGGAGUGUUCGCGCAGGUCCUCAACUACUACAGGACGGGCAAGCUUCACUACCCCACGGAUGUCUGCGGGCCGCUGUUUGAAGAGGAGCUAGAGUUCUGGGGUCUGGACGCCAACCAGGUGGAGCCCUGCUGCUGGAUGACCUAUACGCAGCAUCGUGACACCCAAGAAACGCUGGCAGUCCUGGACCGCUUGGACCUGGACACAGAAAAACCCUCUGAUGAGGAGGUGGCUCGCAAGUUCGGCUUCGAAGAGGACUACUACAAGGGCACCGUGUCCUGGUGGCAGCAACUGAAGCCACAGAUGUGGUCGCUCUUCGACGAGCCCUACAGCUCCAAUGCCGCUAAGGUAGUAGGCGUGAUCUCAGUGUUUUUCAUAUGCGUGUCCAUCAUAUCGUUCUGUUUAAAAACCCACCCGGACAUGAGAGUGCCAGUGAUAAAAAACUACACAGUGACGACCGCAAACCAAACGCAGAGCUGGGCGCUGGACAAAGUGCAAACAAACGCCCACAUUGCGUUUUUCUACAUUGAGUGUGUGUGUAACGCUUGGUUCACUUUAGAAAUCCUAGUGCGUUUCAUAUCGUCCCCAAACAAGUGCGAAUUCAUCAAAUCCUCCGUCAACAUCAUCGAUUACAUCGCCACCAUGAGUUUCUACAUCGAUCUUAUUCUACAGAAAUACGCUUCCCACGUAGAAAAUGCUGACAUCUUAGAAUUCUUCUCCAUAAUAAGAAUCAUGAGACUUUUCAAACUGACGCGUCACUCGUCGGGAUUGAAGAUUCUGAUUCAGACCUUCAGAGCAUCAGCGAAGGAGUUGACUCUGCUAGUGUUUUUCCUAGUGCUCGGUAUAGUGAUAUUCGCGAGUUUGGUGUACUACGCGGAGAGGAUACAGACGAACCCGCACAACGACUUCAACAGCAUACCGUUGGGGCUGUGGUGGGCGCUGGUUACCAUGACGACGGUUGGGUACGGAGACAUGGCGCCGAAGACCUACGUGGGGAUGUUCGUUGGAGCACUGUGUGCGUUGGCUGGUGUGCUGACGAUAGCCUUACCCGUGCCCGUCAUCGUGUCCAACUUUGCCAUGUACUACUCCCACACGCAGGCGCGGGCAAAGUUGCCUAAGAAACGGCGGCGGGUCAUCAACGUUGAGCCAACUAGGCCUCCGAUGCGUGCACCAGGCGUUCCAGGUUGUCCCGGCGGUGCAAUGCCCCCAGGAAUGGGACCUCAAGCGGUGAACCGCCGCAUGAACGCCAUCAAAACCAACCACCCUAAAGACAUCAUGGGACCUAAUAUGGUCGCAAGCCUGAUGCCCGGUCUGGACAUGUCAGUGACCACACGCCUGUCCCCCAGCCCCCGGGACAUGAGCCCGGCUCUGGCCAUAGCUCUUCCCAUGAUGAAGUCAGUCAAUAUUGUCCCGGCUCAGUGCUUCGACAACAUGGCUUUCCACACCGAGAAGGCUGAAGACAAAGACAGUGACAAGGAAGAUACUCUCAGCAAACGUUCUAGUCAACAAUCUCUUGAAAACGACAACACACUUAGAGUAAACAAUUACAAGAACGGAUACAUGAAUAAGAGAGUCGAAGAGAAAACUGAUUGUAGAACGCCGUUGCUUCGAGAUCAUAAGAUAGAAUCGCUGGAUGAGAAUAAACUUCGGGAGAAUAAAGCUGAGAAGAGAAAGUCAUCCGCUUCAACAUAACAGUAAAUAUUGUAAAUAAUAUUGCAACCGCUAUUCUAAACUUUAUUGGAUAAGGCCACGGAGUAAUAAAAUAUGUUAUGUCGCAAAUUGUAGCACAUGAAAUAACUGUUUCAAUUGUGCAACAAUUUACAAUGAGCCAAUGUUGCUCCAUCGCCUUAAUCUAUUGAGACCAAUAGAACUAAGAAUGCUUUAACUAAUGCAAUUAAGAUUAAGUAAUGUCCAUUCAUGCAGUGCAGAGCAAAACAACGUAUGUUAAACCAAACAGAGUAUUCAAACAUAUGUAUUGUCUAGUUAAUUAACUUUAUCUUUAACUGUACAAGUUUCGCGUAGUUUGGGAAACGACUUGCCUUCGUAUCCAGAGUUAAGAGUAGACUGUGAGAAAUACAAGUAUUAUAUAUCACCGAUUUUGAUUGAAUAUUUAGCAAAAUGCCAAGGCAUAAACUAUUCAGGCACGUACAAUGGCGUAUAGUAAUGUCAUAAAAAUAAGAAAUGCAUUUCUUGCUUAAUAGUUACCUAAUGGCAAUUUUUUACGAGGCGGUAUAUUGAGGAUAGUGGCAUUAGUGACAUUUAUUUCUGUGUCGUUUGUUACACGUGUAUGUUCAGUAAUGUCAUUGUCUGAGAGCCAUCGCUCGGGAAAGAAAGAAAUAUUUGACUUUAAAAACAUCAGUCACGUGAGAUUCUACUUGUAGGAGAUACUGCCAAAAACGAAAAUCGAAAUUUCCUUUUCUGUCUCUCUCUUGCUCAAAUAUACCAGAGCAAUAGAGAGGCAAAUCACGAAAUUUCGGUUUCCGCGGUAUGCCCUCAGCUUUUAUAGUCUUUGAUAUAAUCGGUGAUGUAUGAGGACUUGUAUGUAUUAUCGUGGAUAAUGUUAAUGUUCAAGCAUUCAAGGCCGUGAUAGCUAUAAGAUAGUUAAGAAGUGCUUGGAGCACUUACGAUUUACACAUACGUACGAAUAUUAGUAAAUAGUUGCCUAUCACAAACUAGAGUAAAUGUUACGUACCUUUAUAUACCUAAAUUGUACAAAUCGAUCUUUUUGGCUGAAUUUUAUCAACUGUUUCUCUAAUAGCCUUAUCGAAAUUGACGAUGAUACCAAAAGUUUCUUAAAAGCAUCAUCGCCAUCGACAGUAAUUGGACCACCGAUUUCAUUGUUUUAAAUUGGUUAAAUAGAGUUCCUAAGAUAUAAAAGCGAAUUAAGAAUAUUAUUAUGUCUUAUGUUUUAAUCGUAUCGUAUAAUCAUCUAAAUAUCAAACCAAGCCUUACUAAGUUUCAUAUUUGUGUAAGAAUGUCCUAUUAAUUUAUUUAUUAUAACUCCGUUGAAUUCAUUGGUGUGGAAAGUGCUCUUAAUUAAAUUUAAUUCGUCUCGCAUUUCGCGGCAUCAACUUUUGUUUGGCAUAAAUCCGAAGGCGGUCGCUUUGUGCAAAAUUCCAAUUUAACAUUUGGCCAAAUUCCACCCCCGAAUGUCAGCUGCUUUCGAAUUUUAUUUGUUCGAGGCGCAAUAUUUGCCUGCAAACAUUUUAUAGGUGUUUGCUAAAAUACAGCAGCUUUUUUGCCGCAAGGGUUUUGGAUUUAUUAUUUCGCACCGCGAGGGCUGCCAAACGGGAUGUUACAAAAAAACUGCGGCAUACGUGGUUGUAACAUAUGAAUAUAAUCCAAUAUAAAAUGAGAUAUCACAUUCUUUUUGCGAGUUGACAAAAUUAAGUCAAAGGAUCGAUAGCAUGUAGUUAUUAUAAUCGACCAGGAUUCGGUAACUAUAAACCAUUAACAUAUAUUAAUAGUUGAAUUAAAGCGUUUAUUCGAAUGUUAACUUCAAUACGUUUCCAGUCCAUUAGCAGAACUUUGUAUCGGGAAGUUUUUCUUAGCGAAAAGUUUUCUUGCGUUUUUAUAGACGUCAAUUCUAAUUUAUCAGUUUGUUACGGUUUUGAACUGGUGUCGAUAUGACCUUUAACAACUUUCACUUCAUUUCACAUGCACCAAUCAGUGUGAGCGAUUUUAAAGAUCGUAUCAAAAUAAGAUUAAAAUCAACAAGGUAAAUCUUAAUUGUGCUCAUAGAACAAAUAUGUAGAAGCAGCCAUUGAGUUAUCGUUACUAUAGAGAAGCCAAAUAAAUUGUCGCAAUCGCAACCUGUACCACGUGACCAAAGCGUCGUAAGCGCGAUAAAAUGCAUGGCGCUUACGCGUUUAGGUCGCGAGAUUCACGCUCCGCUUCUAUAGUUUGUUGUUAAAACAACAACUCAUGGCGCAUAAUACUUGUUCUCUGUGCCAGUUCUAUUCGUAGUAAUAUUAGUUCUAUGGAAGCAACCGAUGUAACUGAUGCUCUAGUCUAGCGGAAAGCUUACCAAAGUUCUGAAUAUCAACAAACAUGAAACAUCAACAAACGUGAAACUACAAUAUUCAUUAACAACAGACUAGUCUAGCUUCCCGAACAGUUCGAUUAAGUAUACAAUCGAUAAAGUUUGUACAUAUAGCAAACAUAGUAUUAACAUUUUUGUAUCUCAACAGUUACGAUAUAAAUAAAUCACUAGAUACACAUAUCAUGGCACUCUUUCAUUCUUGAUGUUACUUUAAAUGUAAAUAAAUAUACUUAUCAUAAUUAAUAGUUAAGGGUAGAUAGAUGUGAACCAAGUGGUUUUGCUUUUAAAUGUGAUUUUUUGUUACUUGUAAUACCUAAGGGUUCAAUAUUUAUUUGUUGCAAUUUUGGACGAUAAAUUGAAAGUACGCGUCUAAACUCAGGGACCCUCGAUGUUUUAUAUAAAAUUGUUAUUGAUAAAGGAAACAUAAAUUAGACUGCUUGUAAUUGGUUUCAGUCAUAUCGAAGUAACUUUAUUGUUUAAAAUUUUAUUGUACGCAUAAAAUGCAAUAACAUUAAAAUGAAAUGUAGAUAGCACGAUACUGUUUAUAAAAAUAUUUGUAUAUACUUUUAGGCUUGUAUGAUUUACAUA